AUGGGAAAGACUCUGUUUGUUAGUUGCGGUGCGACUGUCCCGUUCCCAAGACUCAUAGAGAUCGUUGUCAGUGAGCCCUUUCUCGUGGAAUUGACAAAUCUACAGUACUCUAGAAUUAUCUUGCAAUAUGGGAAAGGUUACACUGCGGCGUUCCAGACACUGCUGGAUUCGCUCGGUUCUUCCAAAAUUGAAGUCCGUGAGGAGAAACACCCCAGCACUACCAUUCAGGAUUCUGUGUUUGUCACGGACUCAUCGAUUCUACAUCGUUCUCUCAACGUCAAUGACGUCGCUGUGGAAGUUAUUGGAAUCGAAUUCUUAAGUAACAUACAAGAUAUAAUAACAAACUACACAGAUCUCAUCAUAUCGCACUCCGGCACAGGCUCGAUCUUAGACGCGUUACGGUUACAUAAACCACUGAUCGCAGUGGUUAACGACUCGCUGAUGGACAACCAUCAAUUACAAAUCGCACAGAAAUUCGAAGCAUUGAACUACUUGUGGUCUUGCAGCUCCCCCAAUCUGCCCGAUCUCAUCGACCGUCUACAGAGAUCAACUGCAGAGACAAAGGCUACAUUCCCAAACACUUACAACACCGAUUUCCAGAAUUUACUGUUGGAUUUAGCGAAUAAAUAA